AUGCAAACUGAAACUAAAAUGUGGAGAAGAUAUUUAAUGUGGUUCGCCCACGAACACAUUGAUUUCCGUCAUGCAGAAAUGCAAAGUAUAAUAUCGUUAUUGAACGUACCGGUAAGGUACGUAGAGAAACCUUGCGUUCAGAAGCCGUAUUGUAUUGUGGAAAUGCCUUCAGAAGAUUGUGUCAGAAAGAUUGCUUCUCGGUCAGUACUUUUGAAAAACUGUAUAGAAUUAUGGGCCAGAGCAAAAACCGUGUCACAAUUACACGCGAACUUGAAGAACUCAUUGAAAAAUUCGACAGGUAGUUGGGUUGCAGGGGAAAAAGAUAAUAAUGGGAUCAGCAAUACCUGUUUGUGUCCUAAAGAACUGAUAGAAUCAAGUUGUCCACUUAAAAAAUCUUUUAAGAUCGAAGUUGAGACCUUCUGCAAGCACUACUCCAUGAAGGAGAAGGUUUCAAAAAUUGAAACUUUCAACUACUUACCAUUUGAAGGACCGGUAAAACUAAAGAAUCCAGAUGUGACUUUAGCAUAUCUAGAAUUUUAUGGUGUCGAUCCAAAUGAUGUUCCAGAAGAACCCUAUGAUGUCUUUUUCGGGAAAUGGAUAGCAGACGGUCAACGUGACCUGAUCCAGGUGCACUCCUUGAAGAAGCGACAGUUUAUCGGCAACACCAGCAUGGACGCGCAAUUGGCCAUCAUCAUGGCUAACCAGGCACAAGUGAAGCUUGGAGACAUGGUGCUGGAUCCCUUCGUCGGGUCAGGCUCUCUACUUGUUGCUGCGGCACACUUUGGAGCGUAUGUGUGGGGCUCCGACAUCGACUACAUGAUGCUGCACGCGAGGACACGCCCCACUCGCGUCGGUCAAAAGAUUCGUACAAAAGAAGAGAGUAUACGGGGGAACAUGAGACAGUAUGGAACUGAAUCCAGGUACCUAGACGUGGUUGUCAGCGAUUUCUCAUUGCACAAUUGGAGGUCGGACUUAAAAUUCGACGCGAUCAUCACUGACCCACCCUACGGUGUUAGAGAGCCGACAGAGAAGAUAGGAAUAGAGCGAGAGAACUACACAUUAUCUGAGGAGCAUAUGGCGAACCAUGUCCCUUCCAAAGUGGAAUAUGGUUUGCAUCAUAUCUACAGUGACCUCCUCAACUUUGCCGCCACACAUCUUGAGAUGGGCCGACGACUGGUCUGCUGGUACCCGCUAGUUAGGGAAGAGUACCAGGAGUCUCAGUUACCAUCCCACCCUUGUCUGAAGCUGGUGGGCAACUCGGAACAGGUGCUAUCCAAGCUGGCAGCGAGGAGACUACUCACAUACGAGAAAAUUCUGGAUGACGUGCCCAACAUGCCGCUGGAUCCUAACGCUGGAGUCCAUAACUUUAGGGAAAAAUACUUCACAAUGGGCGAGACGACGCGACGAGAGAGGAAAGAGAAGAGGGCCGAAGAGGUCGCAGCCUACCUCGCGAGGAAACUGGAGACCACCAGAUAUGACCUCACGUGA